UUUAUAAAUUGUUUAAAUUAAAGUUUGUUAUAGCAACUAUUUUUUUAUUACUCCAAGUUAUAGUAAGAAUGUUUUGUAUUAGGUUUUUGGUUACAAUUGUAACAAUAUAAUUAAUUUUUCCAUUAUGAUUUAUUUUUCAACCAUCAUGAUUUGGGCAAGAGCUGUAUGGAUAGAAAAUUAUGAGGAAAUAGAAGAUGUUGUGCCAAGAAGGUGGAUAAAUACAGAAAAAAAAAAUACUAUUUUGGCCUUCUGGUAUAUCUUAUCAUAGAGCUGUCAAUGAUGAAAUGGAUGCAGAUGAAACAUGGGGCAAAUAUAAACUUUUCAAAAUCAAAUUUGAGAGUGAUAAUAUAAAUGAGCUGAAAGAAUAUGGUUACAUAACAGCAGCAGAGGAGGAGGAUGAAAUAGAUAAUUGUUUUACAAGUUCCAAAGGUACAUUUAAAGUGAAAAGUAAUGUUCAUGAGUUACCAGAUUUUCUGUUGCCUCCACCAGUUUUGCAAUCCAUACCAACAAAAUCAUUAAAGAGAUCAUUUGAUUUUAAUUUGUCACCUGGAUCAAUUAUUUUAAAACAAUCAAAUAUUUGUUCUGCUUUGUCUGACUCUUUACCUUUACACACAGAGGAACAAUCAACUUCAUAUUCUGAGUCACUGUCUUUGCCUAACUACUUUUUACCUUCAAAAUCAACUGAAAAGGAACAAUCAAAUUUUUUUACAGAAUACCAGCAUAUGAUGUUCAAGAUGGUAUCAAAAAUUCUUAAAAAUCAGGAGCUAAUUAUUGCUGUAAAUAAACAACCCAUAGUAAUUUGGCAGUUAAGCAAUUAGUGACUAGCAGAAUACAAAGAUUUUGUCAAAUAUUUAGAGGAUGAUUCAGUUCGCCUUGAUUUGGUUAAACAACUGAGUUUUUUAGGCGCAGUAGAUUAUAAACAGCUGACAAGAUUGGUUAUGAAUAGAUUAUUUACAAAUACCCUAUUGGCACAGUUUAAUUUAAAAGGUUCUGGUAGAAAAAUUGAUUUAUUAUCAACGAAGCUAUAUGAUGUAUUAGAAGAAGUUGUAACAAGAAGGUUUGGAAAAGUUUCAAAUUCUGAUAUAAGACAGCAAAUCGGAAGAUAUUGUAAAAAUGCUCCAUCGCGGAAAAAUAGAAACUAAAAUUUAUUUUUUAUCGUAUAUAUUAUAUGUUAUAUACAUUGUUAUAUAGAAAGAUACUUUAUUAAAAUCCAUCAAAUUGU